AUGCUCACAAAUUAUGGACACAAGCUGUGCAGUUUAUUCACCAAAGGAUCCCAAUUGCAAUUCCUUUUGAUCAAACGACCACAAUUCAGCGACGACAAUCGUGGUUUUGCAAUUCAACAAAAUGACGACCUGAAAGGACACCGAAAGAUUACCAUAGAAUCAAAUUUUCCAGUCGGUGGACGAAUGAAUAAAUCAUUGGAGGAGAAUUAUCAUGUAUUGGGUGGUGCUGAUAGUGGUGGUGAUGGUCAAGGAUUGAAAUUCCUUACUCAAUCAUUGGAUGCUUUUGAAAAAUGUUAUCAAGUGGUCAAUCGGAUGAGUUUGGAAAAGAAUGAUGAAAGAGUUGAGGUACAAAAAGUGAGCUAUCUUUUGGGAAGAUCACAAGUUGGGUUGUACAUGAUAAGGGACUUGAUGAGGGAUGGAUUGACGACUGAAGAGUUUGAGUCUUCACAUGAGUUAUAUUUGGAUAAUCUACCAAAAAUUGGAAUAUCUAUUGAUGGUAAAGAUGUUUCAAAGCUUGAUUCGCCAUCGAUGAGACAUGCACUAUGGUUAUGGCAUUUGGAAAGGUUGAUUUCCUUUGGUGACAAUUUCACAAGGGAGAAACUAAUUGCAUUGUUCUAUCUCAUUAUUCACACAAUGUGGAAUAGAGAACCAACUUACUCUCUUCAUUACAUGAGGUUAUUUACUAAUGAAUAUUCAAAGACGAAGAAGUUGUACACUAGCAUAUUGGGAGAUUCAUUGACGAACACGUGGUCUCAAGUUUUGGGCAGAAUUUUCACAGAAAAUGAAUUUGAUAAUUUCAAUGAUUUGGAUAGUGAGCUUCCUGUAAACCUUAAAAGUAUGUAUCAUAUAUUCUCUGCGUUUAUUUCAUUUGCAGACAGUGAAAGCAUUCCUGUCGACACUUAUUUAAGAGCUUUGGAUAAAGAGCAAGUGAAUAAUCCACUCAACACAUACAUUCCAUUUAUGAAAGUAAUGAUGGAAGAUCAAUUUGAAGACAUUGAAACUGUAUUGAAAAUAAUGGAGAAAUCACCAAUAACUAAUCAUCAAGCUAAUGAAAAGAGAUAUGGAAAGUGGUGGACUAUUUUUGAGUGA